CCCUAACUCCUAAGCACCCCAGACGGUCCAAAUGAACUUUCAGAUUACCUAUACACGGACCGCGCACAGCUAAGCUUGCAUAUUGUCUCUUUUACCGACAAAACAGUGGUAUCCAUCACGUGGCCGUAUACGCUCGUCGACGCCAUGGCGCCAGGGCUUUUACUGAGGCUUGGUCCUUAUCGCUCCAGGGGCGCCAUGAUCAGAUUCCUGAGAUGCGUGGGGUGGAAACUGAUCCGCUUGAGACGUGGAGGCGGAGGCAAACUGAGACGUAUAAGCUUGCUGGGUUACUAAUAACGGGGUGGCGGAUGCUGUUGUUUGGGUUGCGGUGUGCGUUCAAAUUGAUAUGCUGGGGUGUGGAGUACCGUGUGGUGUGUAUUCCGGGCUCCUUCAUCGAGAACUUGUGCCUCAAAGUCAUGGAUCAAGUUGAAAAUGAGCGUAACCUGACCAGGUACAAAACCUGAGGUUUUGGCAAGAGUUCAGCAGGUGCUUAAAACAUGUCGCGCCCCAGUGUUCAACAUAUGUUGAAC